AUGGCCAUUGUAUUUGACACCCUUCCGACUGAUGCGGGCGAGCAGCACGUGGGGCUGUGCAUCAACGGCACAGAGGAGUGUUUGGUCAAGGAGGUGUCUCCAUUCACACUCACGGAUGGCAGUUCCUACAAGGCGUGGGUGGAGUAUGAGCCUGGGGACCCCGGCACCAUUCAAGUGUUCCUGGCCAGUUCGAAUACAAAGCCAGAUGAGCCGCUGCUGCAGGGGAAGGUGUCGCUGUGUGAGGUGCUGCAGCCGGGAGUGAAGCAGCCGGCUUUCUCGUUUGGGUUCGUUGCAUCCACCACUGUGAAGCCCUUUCAGCGGCUAGGCAUUCUCUCCUCGGCUGUGCAAACAGAGGACACAUUUGCACCGUCUCGAGGCAGCCCCUUCUCGCGCUACGUGAGUUCGGACUUUGAACUCUCGGCCACCAAGAAGGCCGCGUGGAGGCUUCGUGACUUCCACACGUGGGACUCUGUGGAUUUCCUUGGCUGGCCUGUCAAGAACCAGCGAGACUGCAAUGCGUGCUGGGCGUAUGCGGUGGUGGCGAGUGUGGAGGCGGCAUACGGCAUUGCAAAGCAGCAGAGCGCUCCCCAGCUCUCAGUGGAGGCGCUCUUUGCCCUCAUGGGGCUCUCCGACUCCGACAAGUGCUCCGCUGGCGGCUCCCCCACCCACGCCUUUGAGACACUCGUGGCUCUCGAUGCCUCCAGUGGGCUCAUAGGGGAGAGUGACCCGGCAACAACGUACCCGGUGCAGUCAUUUGAGCGAGCGCGGUUCAAGGGGUAUGUGGGGCUCAUGAUGGCAGUGCAGAACCAGCCAGUGGUGGUUCACAUCCAGGCGUCUGCUGCAACGUUCGUGAUGUAUGAUGGGGAUCCUGAUUGCUACACAGGCAAUCUCAACCAUGUUGUACUCGUUAUUGGCUACUUCAUUAUAAGAAAUGAUGGCAGCCAGACCCGCAUUGCUCCUCCGUUUUGGAUCAUCCGCAACUCGUGGGGAGAGGAUUGGGGCGACAAGGGUCACAUGCGGAUGGACAUUCAGGGAGGGGAUGGCGUGUGUGGCAUCAACGUGCUGCCUGGCAUCUACCCCGUUGUCAAGAGUAAGGGAUCUACCCCGUUGUCAAUAGCACGCAUACCCUCUCUGUCAGGCAAGAGUAGCUCAUCUAACCCUCUAGCCCUUUUGUAUGUGGUCCGUGCUGCCUAG